AUGGAGGAGCUAGAUAAUGUAAAUGCCACAGCUAAAGAAAUGAUGUACUUGGACUUGGGGCAAACAGAAAGGCCAUCUUUGGCUAGACAUUCACUGUCCAAAGAUGCUAUAGAGCACAUAAAGGUGGGAUCUUUCUAUGAAAUUGAUCACUCCAAGCUCACACCACAAACCCCAGAACAGCUCAACUCAAUCAGGGUCAUCAUGGUGAGUGAGAAAACUGAAUUUAACGUAGCAGUGAGGUAUCCAAGCACUUGCUCUCUUCGUACACAUUUUAGCAAUGGGAAUUGUGAGAAACCAGAGGGGAAGAAGCUUCCUUCACUGAAUGAGAAAUACAUAAUGGAUUCAGAACUUGCUGGAGAGGUGCUUUAUAGAAGACUAACAACUCAGGAAAUUGCAGAAAAGAGAAACUCAUGGAGCUUCUGGGUUGUGCCUUGUAUGGAGGCUGAGAAAGACUCAGACUCGGGCCCAGCCUCGAGGACUAGGCUCAGGGAUGCAGCUUCUAAAAAGGGUAUGUGCAGCUCUGAGGUCAAUCUCACUGGGAUGGUCCAGUGGGGUAAGCGUAAGAGGGUCAGGUUCAUAGAUGAUGAGGAUGAGGAUGAGGUAGAAGAAGUUGAUGGUGAAGCUGUGGAGCUAGAGUCAUCUAAGGCAAAGAAGAAUCUUAAGAGAAAGUGCCAUGGUUCUAGAAGAGCUCAAAUGCCCAAAAGAGCUAAGCGACAGAAGAAGCAAUCUCAAAUUCAGGUUCACAAUCAGAGUAAAAAGAAAAAGAUCAAAAAUUCCAUAGAAAGAUGGUCUGUGGACAGGUACAAGCUGGCUGAGGUGAACAUCUUGAAAAUUAUGAAGGACCAAAAAGCUUUCUUUGGGAAUCCAAUACUAAGGCCAGCACUGAGAACAGAGGCAAGGAAGCUCGUUGGUGAUACAGGUUUAUUAGACCAUUUGCUGAAGCAUAUGGCUGGAAAGGUGGCGCCCGGAGGGGAGGAGCGGUUCCGGCGGCGGCACAAUUCUGAAGGGGCCAUGGAGUAUUGGCUGGAGAGUGCUGAUCUGCUAAAUAUUAGGAAAGAUGCUGGGAUUCAAGACCCUUAUUGGAUUCCACCACCUGGGUGGAAGCCAGGAGAUGGCCCUUCUCAGGAUGCUAUUUCUACCAGAGAGCUUGGGGAGCUCAAGGAAGAGAUGGCCAAAAUGAAAAAGAAUAUUCAGGAGCUGGUGACCAAAAAGCAAGAGGAGAAUCUACCCAUUGCCACCACCCCAAAUUCUUCUGUGACAUGUCUGAACUGGGACCAUGAAGAAGGUUCACUGAUUCCAUUGAAGGAAAUGUAUACAGAUUGGAUGAAUAGGAAAGCUAAUGUUGAUAAAGAAGUCAAAGAAUUGAUGAAAAUUUCACAAUAUUUGAGUGGAAUGGAGGAGAAAAUGGGUAUGCUGAAAUCAGCUGCAGGGGAGGAAACAAUCAUGCCAGAAUCAGAAGCACCACCACUAUUAUUGAUAGGAUCUCCAACAACACCAUCACACACUGUAAGAGAGACAAAGGAUCAGUUGGAACAGAAGAACAAAUCAGGUGAAGAACAAGAGGACAAGGGAGGAGACAAGGCAGCAGUAACAACAGCAACAGAGGACAAGGCAGCAAAGAUAAAAAGGCUGAAGAGUGGGUUCAGGAUAUGCAAGCCACAGGGGUCCUUUCUGUGGCCAAAGCCAAACAUGAUCACAUCCCCUCAGUCUAUGGUCCACCCUGAAGACCACCUAGUGAUCUCAACUCCACCUUCAGCCUCUUCCACAACCUUAAAAUCUCAUCUCCUCCCUCCAUAUAAGCCUCAACUUGGCCCACGCCCAACUUCACCUGUCAAGCCAUUGGCUGAGAGGCGCCCUGUCAGCAAUGCCAUCCUUCAGUGUGUAAUCACUAAACCCUCUCCUUCUCCUCCUCUCCCACCUGAGACCCCCCAGACCCAUAGUAUCACUACAACCAAAAACUCCCUCAUUAACCUCAAUGAGCCCCCUCAGACACAACAGAGUGACACUGACACUGCGUUUUGUGGGACUAUCACCUCUCAAAGAAGGCACUUUAACCUGACCUCCAUUGCUCCAAUGCCACAGUUCGAAAUGGUUGAGAAUGAGGAAGAAACAGAAAGCAAGGAUAUGAAAAGAAACCCUGAUGACCAGAAGCAGCAAACUCCUCGAGGUAGCUCUUCUUCCACCUCCAACUCCUCGUGGUUGACAUCAGGAGAGGGGUGGUGGUUGGGUCUGGCUUCUCCCAAACCUUCUUUGGACAAGUCUAACUAGGGUUGAUUGUUUUGAUUUUUAUAUUGUUAUGUGGAGAGGUUUAUAGGGGUUAAGUAUACAAAGAGAUUCUUAGUAAAGUCAUAUUUACACGAUUGAACAAUACAUAUAUAACUUGUAAGAAGGGGUUUUAUAUAGACAACAUAUCUUUUGGAGGUUCUAGGAUUCUCUCUUUUGGAAGUAAAGGUUAAAAGUGAAAAACUUGAGAUCUAUGUAAGACAAGGUCCUGUCCUUUCU